ACCCUCCUUGGAACUAUCUCGUCUGUUGGAUUGUGCGCUACGGCUGUCGAGGGCUUGUUGCUGAAUGCAUGCUAUCCUCCGAUACACCCCGAUCUGUAGCAGCUAAAAGGAUAACAUUAGCUCUUUAGACGUCUUGUUAGCUUGUAUGGUUCGGUGCUAAUAGGUAUUACUGCACAAGUAUGGGUGUGGAAGUCGAAACUAUAUCUCCGGGUGACGGGAGAACAUUUCCAAAGAAGGGCCAGACAUGCGUGGUACAUUACAUAGGUAUGCUGCAAAAUGGAAAAAAGUUUGACUCUUCUCGAGAUAGGAACAAACCUUUUCAAUUCAGGCUUGGAAAGGCGGAGGUCAUUAAGGGCUGGGAAGAAGGAGUAGCACAGAUGAGCCUGGGCCAGAGAGCUAAACUCACGUGCACACCAGACAUGGCCUAUGGAGUUGUAGGUCACCCCGGGGUCAUCCCGCCGAACGCCACGCUUAUAUUUGACGUAGAAUUACUUAAACUGGAGUAAAGUAAAGUGAUCCUUGAAGUUUUAAUAGUCAAGGCCGCAUUUGCCACAGGGAGAACACUACCAGCCGUCACCUCCCACAAUUUCUGUUAUUAUCGUCUGAUUUCUACUUUUUCAGUUCAGUAUUUCAAGUAUUUACGUACGCUGCUUUGCUCAUGUAUGGAUACCACGAGAAUCUGUCAUCCUGCUUUUCCUGACACAUCACGCACCAUGUUUGUUGUUUUGAGUAAAAUGCUUUUUGAUUUGUCUCAUCUGUAAUUUUUUUUGUUAAUAAAACCAAUUAAACUCAUAUUUCAACCAA